GGCACCAAGGCGGCAUUGCUGCUCUCCGGGCCUCUCGCACGCCUUCGGGCCGGCCCGGUCCGCCCCGUCUGGCACGCUGGGCAGGCCGCAGAACCGACCCCUUUCCCGGCUCUUGGCCCACAGUGCGGGGCGGUGUGCCGGGGGCGCGGCGUGUCUGGGGACAUCUUGUGAUGUUGGCGAGAACAGGACAUGAUCUCACAUGGCGAGAAGCUCUUUAGUUCCUUAAUCAUUUCACGGUGCCCUCGGACGCUUUUUUUCCACCUAAAACGUUUAGUUUCAGCUCAGUGAUCAGCUACCCCAGCUCGGCGGGGGAGCGGAAGGCUUCAAUUAUUCCGACUUGUGAGCGUCCCGGCACCAAAAAAAAAAAAAAAAAAAGAAAGAAAGAAAGAAAGAAAAAGAAAAGAAAAGAAAAAGAAAAAAAGAAAGAAAGAAAAGAAAGAAAGAAAGAAAAGAAAAAAGAAAGAAAAGAAAAAAGAAAUAAAAAAAGAAAGAAAGAAAGAGGAAAAAGGGCACACAAAAAAGUGGAAACUUUUCCCCCUGUCCACUUCAUCAAGUCCUGAAAUAUCAAAAUGGAUUUAGAGAAAAAUUACCCGAAUCCUCGGACCAUCAGGACAGGACAUGGAGGAGUGAAUCAGCUUGGGGGGGUUUUUGUGAAUGGACGGCCACUCCCAGAUGUAGUCCGCCAAAGGAUAGUGGAACUUGCCCAUCAAGGUGUCAGGCCCUGCGACAUCUCCAGGCAGCUCCGGGUCAGCCAUGGUUGUGUCAGCAAAAUUCUUGGCAGGUAUUACGAGACAGGAAGCAUCAAGCCGGGGGUGAUUGGAGGAUCCAAACCAAAGGUUGCCACUCCCAAAGUGGUGGAAAAAAUUGCUGAGUAUAAACGCCAAAAUCCCACCAUGUUUGCCUGGGAGAUCAGGGACCGGCUGUUGGCAGAGCGAGUGUGUGACAAUGACACAGUGCCCAGUGUCAGUUCCAUCAACAGGAUCAUCCGGACAAAAGUACAGCAGCCCCCCAACCAGCCGGUCCCAGCUUCCAGUCACAGCAUAGUGUCUACAGGCUCCGUGACACAGGGGUCAUCAGUGAGCACCGACUCUGCAGGCUCCUCGUACUCCAUCAGUGGCAUCCUGGGCAUCACGUCCCCCAGUGCCGACACCAACAAGCGCAAGAGGGAUGAAGGUAUCCAGGAGUCUCCAGUGCCAAACGGCCACUCGCUUCCAGGCAGAGACUUCCUCCGGAAGCAGAUGCGGGGAGAUCUGUUCACACAACAGCAGCUGGAGGUGCUGGACCGUGUGUUUGAGAGGCAGCACUACGCAGACAUCUUCACCACCACGGAGCCCAUCAAGCCGGAGCAGUGGUGCCCGGCGCUGAGGAGACAAUACUUGGUGCAGCCCCAGGCAGUCCUUUUCCAGACCACGGAAUAUUCGGCCAUGGCCUCGCUGGCUGGAGGCCUGGAUGACAUGAAAGCCAACUUGACAAGCCCCACCCCUGCUGACAUCGGGAGCAGUGUUCCAGGUCCACAGUCCUACCCCAUUGUCACAGGCCGCGACUUGGCAAGCACGACCCUCCCUGGGUACCCUCCGCACGUCCCCCCCGCUGGACAGGGCAGCUACUCUGCACCGACGCUGACAGGGAUGGUGCCUGGGAGUGAAUUUUCUGGGAGUCCCUACAGCCACCCUCAGUAUUCCUCCUACAACGAUUCCUGGAGGUUUCCCAACCCAGGGUUGCUUGGCUCCCCAUACUAUUACAGCGCCGCAGCCCGGGGAGCCGCACCACCUGCCGCAGCCACCGCCUACGACCGUCACUGACCCUCAGAGCCACCUGGGCGCCGAGCACUUGCAUUGAGGGAGGCAGCCUCCCAACCCCCAAGACAGACAGAGGGGUCCGACGCCUGCGUCUCCCACCCCUCCCGCACACACUUGAAGCACCCUCCCUCCCUUUUUUUCUGCCUGGGAUCCAGGUAGGGCUGUUGGACUACUCCGUGCUUGUCCAUUUCAAGAGUCAGCUUCUCCCAGCGGUGGCAGGGCCUCCGCUGUUCCGAAGACCACCGCAGCCAGGCCCUGCCUGCCUCAGAUGCCUGACUGUCUGACCAUCUGUGCGGUUCAGCCACUGCAGGCCUGGAAAGGAGAGCUAGCUUUUGUUGCUCCACAGCGCCCGUGUAAAUACUUUCUUGCUUCUCUAUGGGCCUGAGGGUCUAAGGGAGCAGAUCAGCCUACCCACAAUGCAUCACAGGACAUCUUCCACCCAUGCACAGAGGGUCCUCUCUGCCCUGGUGCCCUGUCAAGGAUCUCAAAGCUGUCUUUGAAACUGACGGUGCCUGCGCGAGGAUGCCUGUCCUCUGGUCACCCUGCUUCUCUGAUGUCUAGAGGGCCCACUGGUGGUCAUCGUGCAAUUUUCCCCUGAGGUUUCCCCCAAGAGGGAUACGCUUCAGGGAGACACCCUGGCUUCUUGCCUCCUUUCUGUGGAGCUACCACAGCAUCGACAGUCCUUUUUUCUUAAUCAAGGACCUUCAAGAGACUGUCUGGGACGUUCCUCAGCUGCUGUUCUACAGUAAGAGGUUAUCCAAGUGCUGAUGGCAUUGUGACUCUGCAUGAUCAGAAGAUCAUCUGACCCAGGCCAGGGACAGACCUGAGGCUCCCCCAGAUCCCCCUGGCCCCUAGAACCACCAAACUGAAUAUGUUUUCUGAGGCAUGCCCAGGCUCAAGUCACUUUGGACAUCAGCCAUGGACAUUUCACUCAACGACUGUCCUCUGGGACUGCAACAACUGGAUUCUGGGCAAGCCUGUCCCAGACACAGAGACAAUGGCUAACAGAAAGGACUUGUCCCUGCACUGAGGGCCAGCACAUCCUGCAGGCAUCAGGACCGAGCUUCCUCACACACAGCCCCACCCACCCCUGGCAGAGCAGGGCGUGUGUCUAGGUGUGGAGGUGCUGGGGAUGGUGGCAGGUGCCUGACUUACACCAAACAGGUCAACCUGUUGCUCCAAGGGGUGGAGAUGGAGGUCACUGUGGGAAAGGCAGAGGAAUGUGUGGGAGACAGAGGCCGGGCUAGGGGAGGAACAGGACAAGCAAUGAGGCAGGGGUGACUUGGAGGUGGGUCUGAGUCUGGGGUGCCCAGUGACACAAUUUCUCAUCUGGAACCUCUAUUCUCUGCAUGGUCCCUCUUGCCAACUCAGAAUGGCAGAGGAGAACCCCUGUCUAAACUAAGGCUGAAUUAUAACAAUGACGGGGAACUUGACCGUUUCAUGUGACAGUGUGCCUAGGGCCUGCUGUAGCUGAACUGUGGGGCCUCAGACCCUUUACCUCUCUGAUCCUCUGCUGAACUAAGAACAGGCUUAUCUCACUAUUGUCCCUUCCUCCCUUCCUCCCAGGGAGCAGUGGCAGUGACAGGGUCACCUGUGUCAGGGCCUCACUUUUGAAUAAGUAUGUGGGGUCUUGCCAAUGUUCCAAUCAAAUGUAAAACAAGAAUGAGAAACAGAGGAGCUUUCAAAAAGACCUGGUUUAGUCCCCUAAGGAGAACUGAGGCCCAGCUUAUGGAAGCCCAGAACCAGACAGGGAGACAAAACAGACCUCCUCCCCAUGUGUUCUGUGCCUCAAUAUCCCCAUAGUGGGGCAAAAGAAGAAACUGAAGUUCAGUGAAGUGGAGUCCCCAAGCCUUGACUGGCAGAGGUAGGGGUGUGGGACUUAGUCCCCCCGACUUCUAACACAUGGUGAUCCCUGUCACCUCUAUCUCUCCCUGGGAGAGAAGGUAUCAGUGAAGACGGCAAGAGGUGCUGCUUGUCCCAGUACUCCAGAUUAGGCUUCCAAACUAGUAGAACUGCCAAGAAUCCCUGUCACCAGGCCAGAGCAAAGCCUGUGCACUCGAAGCAGGCUUGGUGGAACUUGCUAGGCAAAGGAAGGUAGCCAGAGCCCCAGCCCACAUCCAGGAGCUGGGUGACCAGCCUCCAGCCUCCACUUGUCAGCUAAGGAAGGAGAAGGCUCUGUCCGCACUCCUGUUUCUCUGUCCCCUGCCACUGUUCUCGUUGUAGUGAUGUUCACCCUGCCCUCCUCGCAGUUUCAAGCUUCUGGCACGAGGGCAGCCCCCCUCCCAGCCAGCUGCUUCAUGCACACGCCCUCCUUCCUCAGCAAAGCCCACCCUGAUCCACAGAGGCUCCCUCCCCUGUCUCCUGGCCUUGCCCCUGUAAGGAGCUCCAUCUUUCCUCUCUCACCUGAGGUGCUGCUGGUCCUCACAUUAGAAUCUGUAUUAGACAACCCCGUGGUUCCUGGGAUGCCAGGUAGAAGCACAAGAGCACAGAGGCUCGUGGUUGUUUACACACACUGCUCUAGCCAGCUGCUGGGAUGCAGGUGCGUGUGUGCAUUCUCACAUUUGCACACCCGCCCUCUCCAGCCAGAACUCUCACACCGCGGAUGCACAAUGCCAGAGAACCCAGAACGCAGUCUGGGGCUUCACCGGCUCCAUGGCAGGAAGCCUGGGCAUUCCUCCACAGGCCUGCUCCCCCAUAGUUCUGUUGGAACUUUGUGAGAAGGGAUAUCUCAUACCAUUUGUCCCGCUCCAGCCUGAGAAGUUGUGAUGCUAUAGAAACCCACCGCCCCUUUGCUAAGGCACCUGCUCAGAGGUCGUGCCUUCACAACUGGACACUGUGCUUUGGAUUGCUCCCCUAUCCCAUGAGGCAAAGACACUGACAUUCGGGGCUCACUUUGAAGAUACAGGUGAGAUGAAUCCUUAGAUCUCUGAAGCACAUCCUUUGCCCACAGAGUUGAGACCCCAUCAUAGAGUGCAUGGCUUGAAGACAGACACCCCUCAGCCCUCCAGAAGUCCCCAGACCUACAAAGAGGAAAGAAAAGAUGGCGCUCAGAAGCUGGCCCAGUAACUGGAAGGGUCUGGGGGGACUGGCGGCCUUGCUGGUCCUGUGAACACUGAAACUUUCAGUCUUUACCUAAAUUCACAUGAACACUUGCUGCGGAGUCUUUCCCAGCUGGACCCUAAGGCUCAUAGGACAGUGUGUCCAAACCUGUGCCAUGGUCCGUGGCAGGGCCUAGACGUGAAUCUGACUCUCAGAAAAUAAGGCAUCAGUGCCAUGAGCCAUCCAUUUCCUUUCUGUUUCCUCUGCCCUUUCUACUUUGGGUUGAACUAUGACAAUGCACAGGGGCGCCUGGCCUAGAGUCUGGGCUAUCCAUAGGCCCAGAAAAACGUAGAUCUGAGGCCAGCCAGGUAGUUCAAAUCCACCCUCUACGCAAGGCACAAAGCAGCAGGGCUUGGCCCAGAUUGUCCCAUGAAUGGCAUCUCAAUAGUGAAAAAUUUUAAACACUCUGUUGGCCAAAAGAAAAAGAUGUCUAUGAGCUGAAUCUGGCCCAUCAGCCACCUUCUUGUGAGCUACAAACAGUCUUGUCUGGAGGCCUUCCAUUCCUCUCAUUCUUUCAUGAACCCUUGGAGAUGGGAGCAGGGUGAGAGUUGUGUGAACUGUCUGGGCUUUGGAUGUGGCAGAGAGGCAGCUCCGCGCUGGGUAGGAAGGGAGCCACCGGUUUUCUGUGUAUAGGGCCCCAGAUGUGGCCACAGGGCACUGAGGGAUGAAAUCCCUUUAUGAGGUGUCAGGCUCCGGAGUGGUUGACCUGCCUUUGGCAGCCUCAGCUCUAUCCACCCCCGUGUAGGUGACAUUUCAGCUAGAAUUUAACUCCAAGCCAUGGGUAGCAAAUCUGAAAAACAAACCAAGCACUCCCAAACAAAUACCAGGAACAAGUGACACCUGACACGCUGUCUCUCAGGAGUCCCUGCACAGGCCAAGCAGGCUAGAGAAGGCUGACCCCAUAGGUCUCUGAGUUAGACCAGCUCCAUGGCGGUCCUGGCCUUGUCGACCACCUGGACUCUGCCUGUGAUGGUUUCCAGGCACACGCUGGUGCACCUGGAUAAAUUUAUUCCUUUAGUGCUUUAACCUACAAGAGGUCCAAGGCAGGCGCAUUUCAUAAAAGAAAACAAAAUACAUGAUAGGAGACUUGGACAGUCAGGCCACGACUCCUCGCCUGCAGUCUGCCCUACCUCCUAGUGGCCCCUUCCACCCCCUGGCCCUUGUUGUCCCUGGACCUCAAGAUUCCUUUUUGCAUAUUCAUGAGGGAGCCACAGAGCUGAUCCCCACUUCCCUGCUGUCAGCUCAGGCUGUUCCUGCGGUGGUGGCCAGGCCCCCAAGGGCCAGCGCGGAGCACACAGUGAGUGCCUUGCACAGGUGCUGUCCUGACGCAGAUGCACAGUCUAUAGAGUGAGCUGCAUGCUGGGAGCCGCAGACACCCAUCUUCCUUUCUGUCUUUGGUAAUUCCUCAGCACUGAGGUCCAGUUCCUGGACACUUCCAGGACCAACAGGGAACUUGUAUCCGAUCAUGGCCAUUCAUGGGGUUCAAUCCAGAGGUUUCAAUUAGUACAGUCUCCAGAUGAGGCUGAACACAGCCGCCAGUACGUCCGGAGACUUCUGCCCACACCUUAGACUCCUGAGCAGCACCAAAUUGCUGUUUCUGUCCUCACUGUGGGGAUGUCAAGGCAUUAUGGUGGGAUCAGGAUCAGCCUGGACAGCUUUGAGCAUGGAGCAGAGAGGGGAGAGAGGAAAACAGCAUGAGGGAUUAGGGACUUGGCAGUUCUGUGUCUCUCACUGACCCUAAGGCCUGACUUCAGGAAGCCAACCUGUAGUCUCACGUGCCCAACCUGGGUUCACUCACCUGCUAAGGCUGCUGAAUGUUGGGGGGUUAGUCCCCCAAACCACCAUGCAGAUGGCAUCUCCAAAAGCACCAUUAGGAACAAGUGAUGAUAGGUUUUUGAUUUACAAAUGGUGCAGUUCCCUUAGACUGGAACAGAAAGAAACCAUUUAAUGACCCCCUUGUUUCCAAGCAUGGAUACAUUUUAAUGAAACUAUUUUAUUGUAUUUGAGGAAAUGGAGAGUUGAACAUUCCAACCAGUCCACAGCAAGUUAAUUGCUAUAAAGUGAGAAAGAAAAUAAAUUCCGAAUCUAUUUUAAACAUCCUGCAAAACUCAGAGCCUCCGAGUCAGGCCUUCCUCACCAUGCUGCAUGGACAGAGAAUACAUGCACCACACACACACACACACACACACACUCUUAUACACAGUCACACAUUCACACACACUCAUACACACGGUCAUACACUCACGCACUAAUGCUAGGACAUGAACCUCAGAAGAAGGACUGAAUCUCCCAGUGCCAGUUCUUGCUGACUCUCCUUGCCGUCAGUCACAGAAGGCGAGUAGACCCAGCAGCAGCCUGUCCCGGGGCUCAGGAAGGUAGAUCUGGCCACCAGCCCCAAGCCACCAGCCCAGUGUGGAGAGUGGGCACGAGGGGCCCGAUGCUGCCAGCAUGCUUUUCCUCUGCCUGGCUGCAGGCUCACCCCCCACCCCCACGGUGGACAGGGGGUGGGGGGUUGACUGGAGUGUGGCCCUGGCUGCUGCUGGACAAUGCUGCCCUGGUUUGUCACCCUCUAGUGGCCUUCAGACAUUGAGUAUUUGUUGAAAUGCAGAUUACAUUCCAGUGGAACUGCCAGGAAGACAUGUGGGUUUUGCUUUUCAUUCUUUUAGAUGGUUUUAACUUUGUCCUAGGGACUGACCCUUCCAUCAUCAAAGAAAUGCAUAUCUACUGAUCUACCGUAUCCGCCAAAGUUUGUGAUGCCUGCAUAGACGCUUGUUAAAAAAAAUAUACAAAAAAAAAAACAACAAAAAAUAAAUAAAACCACACAAUUGAAUUGCCUUUGAAAGUGGGAGACAAUCUGUCUCCAACAGGUUGAGAAACAAAAAGCUUCUUUAAAGUGUGUAUGUUUUAUAUUUUUUUUCUAGUAGAACUGACUUGAAAUAUUGGUGUUUUUUUUCUUAGUGAUGUGUGUUGCUUUUGUGUGUGAUAAUAUUUGAAUGUAAUUACAGCAGUGCCAAUUUGCCAAAGAUGUUGGACAUAUUUUUCUUUUGUUGGGGGAAGGGAAAGGGCUGAGGGUGGGACUUGGGAGGAAACUGGGAUGGGAUACUGGUUUACUUUUUUUUUUUUUUAACUUUUUUUCAUGUCAAACCUGGGAUUUGUGGAUUUAUUUUAAGUUAAAUGGUUGACCGCAACACCUUUGCUUUAAAUUAGCUGGAGAAACAUGCAAUAAGGUUGGCGUAGUUUCAAUAUCUGUGUCUUUUCAUGAGUGACUGUUCCUUGUGAAGAAUUGAUUUUAUGUAACCUUUAUGUGAGAUAAUUAUUUGUAAAUAUUUGCCAUAAUUUUAUUGGUUCCUAAAAUAAAAGUAAUUUUUUAAGUU